AUGGGGAUAUACCUCAGUUCUCCUAAGACGGAGAAAUGCUCAGAUGAUGGUGAGAAUGGUAGGCUUAGAUAUGGUUUAUCAUCUAUGCAAGGUUGGCGUGCAACCAUGGAAGAUGCGCAUGCUGCAAUAACCAAUUUGGAUGCUGACACAUCAUUCUUUGGUGUUUAUGAUGGCCAUGGAGGUAAAGUAGUUGCAAAAUUCUGUGCCAAGUUUCUCCAUCAGCAGGUUCUUAAGAAUGAAGCAUAUGCAGCUGGAGAUAUGGGAACUUCUGUCCAGAAAGCCUUUUUCAGAAUGGAUGAGAUGAUGCGUGGCCAGAGAGGGUGGCGGGAAUUAGCUGCCUUGGGCGAUAAGAUAAACAAGUUUACUGGCAUGAUAGAAGGUUUGCUAUGGUCUCCAAGGGGCAGUGAUAGUAAUGAACAACCUGAUGAUUGGGCUUUUGAAGAGGGUCCUCACUCUGACUUCUCUGGACCAACUUCUGGGUGCACAGCCUGUGUUGCACUUAUUAGAAACAACCAACUCAUUGUUGCAAAUGCUGGUGAUUCUCGCUGUGUGAUAUCUAGAAAGGGUCAGGCAUACAAUUUGUCUAGAGAUCACAAACCUGACCUUGAGGUUGAGAAAGAAAGGAUUUUAAAAGCAGGUGGCUUCAUACAUGCAGGCCGGGUCAAUGGCAGUUUAAAUCUUGCAAGGGCCAUAGGUGAUGUGGAGUUCAAGCAGAAUAAGUUUUUGUCUGUUGAAAAGCAAAUUGUGACAGCCAAUCCAGAUAUAAACACUGUCGAGCUUUGUGAUGAUGAUGAUUUUCUUGUGCUGGCAUGUGACGGAAUAUGGUAUGUGUCUAAUGGUACCUUUUGUAGUCAGUACCUUGGUAGGUUGUUCCAUGAUGUGCUGAUUCUCUUCCCAAAGAAAUAG